AUGCGCGAAAUGCAGCCCGUCCUGCUCGGACGCAGGUAUAGGCGCAGAAUUCGUUAUGCGUCUGCCAUGCGCGCGGCAUUCGCGCGCUAUGCGGAAAGCGGCUCUCCUCCAUUCCCCUCCUUCUCCCCAUUGUCACCCUCCUUCUCCCCUGCUUCCCCUCCUUCUCCCCCCUGCUUCCCCUCCUUCUCCCCCCUGCUUCCCCUCCUUCUCCCCCCUGCUUCCCCUCCUUCUCCCCCUGCUUCCCCUCCUUCUCCCCCUGCUUCCCCUCCUUCUCCCCCCUGCUUCCCUCCUUCUCCCCCCUGCUUCCCCUCCUUCUCCCCCCUGCUUCCCUCCUUCUCCCCCCUGCUUCCCUCCUUCUCCCCCUGCUUCCCCUCCUUCUCCCCCCUGCUCCCCUCCUUCUCCCCCCUGCUUCCCCUCCUUCUCCCCCCUGCUUCCCCUCCUUCUCCCCUGCUUCCCCUCCUUCUCCCCCUGCUUCCCUUCUUCUCCCCCCCUGCUUCCCCUCCUUCUCCCCCCUGCUUCCCCUCCUUCUCCCCCCUGCUUCCCCUCCUUCUCCCCCCUGCUUCCCUCCUUCUCCCCCUGCUUCCCCUCCUUCUCCCCCUGCUUCCCCUCCUUCUCCCCCCUGCUUCCCCUCCUUCUCCCCCCUGCUUCCCCUCCUUCUCCCCCCUGCUUCCCUCCUUCUCCCCCUGCUUCCCCUCCUUCUCCCCCCUGCUUCCCCUCCUUCUCCCCCCUGCUUCCCCUCCUUCUCCCCCCUGCUUCCCCUCCUUCUCCCCCCCUGCUUCCCCUCCUUCUCCCCCUGCUUCCCCUCCUUCUCCCCCCUGCUUCCCCUCCUCCCCCUGCUUCCCCUCACGGCAGGUCCCUGCUCACCCAUCCCUGCGCCCCCUUGCUACCUCCCCAUUCCAUGUUCCCCCAUUUCGCGCUCCCCCUUCCCUGCCUAUCCCCCAUUCCCUGUCCCCUCAUUCCCUGCUCCCCUAUUCCCUGCUCCCCCAUUCCCUGUCCCCUCAUUCCCUGCUCCCCCAUCCCCUUCUCCCCCAUUACAGGAUCUACACUCAAACCACUCUUCGCUCCUCAUCUGACGGCUGUGGUUCUCUAAGCUACGUGCCUGUCAAGGACAGGCAUCCUGCUUGUUCCACUAUCUGCUGCAUUACCCUACUUCACACACACCUGGGGGCUCAGUGCAUUCCCUACUGCUGUCAUAGCGAUGCGCUCUCUGCUGCCUUAGUCGGGCACUCACUGCUCCCCACCUCAAUCCCCCAUGCUCCCCACCUCCCCCAUGCUCCCCACCUCAACCUCAACCCCCAUGCUCCCCACCUCAAUCCCCCAUGCUCCCCACCUCAAUCCCCCAUGCUCCCCACCUCAAUCCCCCAUGCUCCCCACCUCAAUCCCCCAUGCUCCCCACCUCAAUCCCCCAUGCUCCCCACCUCAAUCCCCCAUGCUCCCCACCUCAAUCCCCCAUGCUCCCCACCUCAAUCCCCCAUGCUCCCCACCUCAAUCCCCCAUGCUCCCCACCUCAAUCCCCCAUGCUCCCCACCUCAAUCCCCCAUGCUCCCCACCUCAAUCCCCCAUGCUCCCCACCUCAAUCCCCCAUGCUCCCCACCUCAAUCCCCCAUGCUCCCCACCUCAAUCCCCCAUGCUCCCCACCUCAAUCCCCCAUGCUCCCCACCUCAAUCCCCCAUGCUCCCCACCUCAAUCCCCCAUGCUCCCCACCUCAAUCCCCCAUGCUCCCCACCUCAAUCCCCCAUGCUCCCCACCUCAAUCCCCCAUGCUCCCCACCUCAAUCCCCCAUGCUCCCCACCUCAAUCCCCCAUGCUCCCCACCUCAAUCCCCCAUGCUCCCCACCUCAAUCCCCCAUGCUCCCCACCUCAAUCCCCCAUGCUCCCCACCUCAAUCCCCCAUGCUCCCCACCUCAAUCCCCCAUGCUCCCCACCUCAAUCCCCCAUGCUCCCCACCUCAAUCCCCCAUGCUCCCCACCUCAAUCCCCCAUGCUCCCCACCUCAAUCCCCCAUGCUCCCCACCUCAAUCCCCCAUGCUCCCCACCUCAAUCCCCCAUGCUCCCCACCUCAAUCCCCCAUGCUCCCCACCUCAAUCCCCCAUGCUCCCCACCUCAAUCCCCAUGCUCCCCACCUCAAUCCCCCAUGCUCCCCACCUCAAUCCCCCAUGCUCCCCACCUCAAUCCCCCAUGCUCCCCACCUCAAUCCCCCAUGCUCCCCACCUCAAUCCCCCAUGCUCCCCACCUCAAUCCCCAUGCUCCCCACCUCAAUCCCCCAUGCUCCCCACCUCAAUCCCCCAUGCUCCCCACCUCAAUCCCCCAUGCUCCCCACCUCAAUCCCCCAUGCUCCCCACCUCAAUCCCCCAUGCUCCCCACCUCAAUCCCCCAUGCUCCCCACCUCAAUCCCCCAUGCUCCCCACCUCAAUCCCCCAUGCUCCCCACCUCAAUCCCCCAUGCUCCCCACCUCAAUCCCCCAUGCUCCCCACCUCAAUCCCCCAUGCUCCCCACCUCAAUCCCCCAUGCUCCCCACCUCAAUCCCCCAUGCUCCCCACCUCAAUCCCCCAUGCUCCCCACCUCAAUCCCCCAUGCUCCCCACCUCAAUCCCCCAUGCUCCCCACCUCAAUCCCCCAUGCUCCCCACCUCAAUCCCCCAUGCUCCCCACCUCAAUCCCCCAUGCUCCCCACCUCAAUCCCCCAUGCUCCCCACCUCAAUCCCCCAUGCUCCCCACCUCAAUCCCCCAUGCUCCCCACCUCAAUCCCCCAUGCUCCCCACCUCAAUCCCCCAUGCUCCCCACCUCAAUCCCCCAUGCUCCCCACCUCAAUCCCCCAUGCUCCCCACCUCAAUCCCCCAUGCUCCCCACCUCAAUCCCCCAUGCUCCCCACCUCAAUCCCCCAUGCUCCCCACCUCAAUCCCCCAUGCUCCCCACCUCAAUCCCCCAUGCUCCCCACCUCAAUCCCCCAUGCUCCCCACCUCAAUCCCCCAUGCUCCCCACCUCAAUCCCCCAUGCUCCCCACCUCAAUCCCCCAUGCUCCCCACCUCAAUCCCCCAUGCUCCCCACCUCAAUCCCCCAUGCUCCCCACCUCAAUCCCCCAUGCUCCCCACCUCAAUCCCCCAUGCUCCCCACCUCAAUCCCCCAUGCUCCCCACCUCAAUCCCCCAUGCUCCCCACCUCAAUCCCCCCAUGCUCCCCACCUCAAUCCCCCAUGCUCCCCACCUCAAUCCCCCAUGCUCCCCACCUCAAUCCCCCAUGCUCCCCACCUCAAUCCCCCAUGCUCCCCACCUCAAUCCCCCAUGCUCCCCACCUCAAUCCCCAUGCUCCCCACCUCAAUCCCCCAUGCUCCCCACCUCAAUCCCCCAUGCUCCCACCUCAAUCCCCCAUGCUCCCCACCUCAAUCCCCCAUGCUCCCCACCUCAAUCCCCCAUGCUCCCCACCUCAAUCCCCCAUGCUCCCCACCUCAAUCCCCCAUGCUCCCCACCUCAAUCCCCCAUGCUCCCCACCUCAAUCCCCCAUGCUCCCCACCUCAAUCCCCCAUGCUCCCCACCUCAAUCCCCCAUGCUCCCCACCUCAAUCCCCCAUGCUCCCCACCUCAAUCCCCCAUGCUCCCCACCUCAAUCCCCCAUGCUCCCCACCUCAAUCCCCCAUGCUCCCCACCUCAAUCCCCCAUGCUCCCCACCUCAAUCCCCCAUGCUCCCCACCUCAAUCCCCCAUGCUCCCCACCUCAAUCCCCCAUGCUCCCCACCUCAAUCCCCCAUGCUCCCCACCUCAAUCCCCCAUGCUCCCCACCUCAAUCCCCCAUGCUCCCCACCUCAAUCCCCCAUGCUCCCCACCUCAAUCCCCCAUGCUCCCCACCUCAAUCCCCCAUGCUCCCCACCUCAAUCCCCCAUGCUCCCCACCUCAAUCCCCCAUGCUCCCCACCUCAAUCCCCCAUGCUCCCCACCUCAAUCCCCCAUGCUCCCCACCUCAAUCCCCCAUGCUCCCCACCUCAAUCCCCCAUGCUCCCCACCUCAAUCCCCCAUGCUCCCCACCUCAAUCCCCCAUGCUCCCCACCUCAAUCCCCCAUGCUCCCCACCUCAAUCCCCCAUGCUCCCCACCUCAAUCCCCCAUGCUCCCCACCUCAAUCCCCCAUGCUCCCCACCUCAAUCCCCCAUGCUCCCCACCUCAAUCCCCCAUGCUCCCCACCUCAAUCCCCCAUGCUCCCCACCUCAAUCCCCAUGCUCCCCACCUCAAUCCCCCAUGCUCCCCACCUCAAUCCCCCAUGCUCCCCACCUCAAUCCCCCAUGCUCCCCACCUCAAUCCCCCAUGCUCCCCACCUCAAUCCCCCAUGCUCCCACCUCAAUCCCCCAUGCUCCCCACCUCAAUCCCCCAUGCUCCCCACCUCAAUCCCCCAUGCUCCCCACCUCAAUCCCCCAUGCUCCCCACCUCAAUCCCCCAUGCUCCCCACCUCAAUCCCCCAUGCUCCCCACCUCAAUCCCCCAUGCUCCCCACCUCAAUCCCCCAUGCUCCCCACCUCAAUCCCCCAUGCUCCCCACCUCAAUCCCCCAUGCUCCCCACCUCAAUCCCCCAUGCUCCCCACCUCAAUCCCCCAUGCUCCCCACCUCAAUCCCCCAUGCUCCCCACCUCAAUCCCCCAUGCUCCCCACCUCAAUCCCCCAUGCUCCCCACCUCAAUCCCCCAUGCUCCCCACCUCAAUCCCCCAUGCUCCCCACCUCAAUCCCCCAUGCUCCCCACCUCAAUCCCCCAUGCUCCCCACCUCAAUCCCCCAUGCUCCCCACCUCAAUCCCCCAUGCUCCCCACCUCAAUCCCCCAUGCUCCCCACCUCAAUCCCCCAUGCUCCCCACCUCAAUCCCCCAUGCUCCCCACCUCAAUCCCCCAUGCUCCCCACCUCAAUCCCCCAUGCUCCCCACCUCAAUCCCCCAUGCUCCCCACCUCAAUCCCCCAUGCUCCCCACCUCAAUCCCCCAUGCUCCCCACCUCAAUCCCCCAUGCUCCCCACCUCAAUCCCCCAUGCUCCCCACCUCAAUCCCCCAUGCUCCCCACCUCAAUCCCCCAUGCUCCCCACCUCAAUCCCCCAUGCUCCCCACCUCAAUCCCCCAUGCUCCCCACCUCAAUCCCCCAUGCUCCCCACCUCAAUCCCCCAUGCUCCCCACCUCAAUCCCCCAUGCUCCCCACCUCAAUCCCCCAUGCUCCCCACCUCAAUCCCCCAUGCUCCCCACCUCAAUCCCCCAUGCUCCCCACCUCAAUCCCCCAUGCUCCCCACCUCAAUCCCCCAUGCUCCCCACCUCAAUCCCCCAUGCUCCCCACCUCAAUCCCCCAUGCUCCCCACCUCAAUCCCCCAUGCUCCCCACCUCAAUCCCCCAUGCUCCCCACCUCAAUCCCCCAUGCUCCCCACCUCAAUCCCCCAUGCUCCCCACCUCAAUCCCCCAUGCUCCCCACCUCAAUCCCCCAUGCUCCCCACCUCAAUCCCCCAUGCUCCCCACCUCAAUCCCCCAUGCUCCCCACCUCAAUCCCCCAUGCUCCCCACCUCAAUCCCCCAUGCUCCCCACCUCAAUCCCCCAUGCUCCCCACCUCAAUCCCCCAUGCUCCCCACCUCAAUCCCCCAUGCUCCCCACCUCAAUCCCCCAUGCUCCCCACCUCAAUCCCCCAUGCUCCCCACCUCAAUCCCCCAUGCUCCCCACCUCAAUCCCCCAUGCUCCCCACCUCAAUCCCCCAUGCUCCCCACCUCAAUCCCCCAUGCUCCCCACCUCAAUCCCCCAUGCUCCCCACCUCAAUCCCCCAUGCUCCCCACCUCAAUCCCCCAUGCUCCCCACCUCAAUCCCCCAUGCUCCCCACCUCAAUCCCCCAUGCUCCCCACCUCAAUCCCCCAUGCUCCCCACCUCAAUCCCCCAUGCUCCCCACCUCAAUCCCCCAUGCUCCCCACCUCAAUCCCCCAUGCUCCCCACCUCAAUCCCCCAUGCUCCCCACCUCAAUCCCCCAUGCUCCCCACCUCAAUCCCCCAUGCUCCCCACCUCAAUCCCCCAUGCUCCCCACCUCAAUCCCCCAUGCUCCCCACCUCAAUCCCCCAUGCUCCCCACCUCAAUCCCCCAUGCUCCCCACCUCAAUCCCCCAUGCUCCCCACCUCAAUCCCCCAUGCUCCCCACCUCAAUCCCCCAUGCUCCCCACCUCAAUCCCCCAUGCUCCCCACCUCAAUCCCCCAUGCUCCCCACCUCAAUCCCCCAUGCUCCCCACCUCAAUCCCCCAUGCUCCCCACCUCAAUCCCCCAUGCUCCCCACCUCAAUCCCCCAUGCUCCCCACCUCAAUCCCCCAUGCUCCCCACCUCAAUCCCCCAUGCUCCCCACCUCAAUCCCCCAUGCUCCCCACCUCAAUCCCCCAUGCUCCCCACCUCAAUCCCCCAUGCUCCCCACCUCAAUCCCCCAUGCUCCCCACCUCAAUCCCCCAUGCUCCCCACCUCAAUCCCCCAUGCUCCCCACCUCAAUCCCCCAUGCUCCCCACCUCAAUCCCCCAUGCUCCCCACCUCAAUCCCCCAUGCUCCCCACCUCAAUCCCCCAUGCUCCCCACCUCAAUCCCCCAUGCUCCCCACCUCAAUCCCCCAUGCUCCCCACCUCAAUCCCCCAUGCUCCCCACCUCAAUCCCCCAUGCUCCCCACCUCAAUCCCCCAUGCUCCCCACCUCAAUCCCCCAUGCUCCCCACCUCAAUCCCCCAUGCUCCCCACCUCAAUCCCCCAUGCUCCCCACCUCAAUCCCCCAUGCUCCCCACCUCAAUCCCCCAUGCUCCCCACCUCAAUCCCCCAUGCUCCCCACCUCAAUCCCCCAUGCUCCCCACCUCAAUCCCCCAUGCUCCCCACCUCAAUCCCCCAUGCUCCCCACCUCAAUCCCCCAUGCUCCCCACCUCAAUCCCCCAUGCUCCCCACCUCAAUCCCCCAUGCUCCCCACCUCAAUCCCCCAUGCUCCCCACCUCAAUCCCCCAUGCUCCCCACCUCAAUCCCCCAUGCUCCCCACCUCAAUCCCCCAUGCUCCCCACCUCAAUCCCCCAUGCUCCCCACCUCAAUCCCCCAUGCUCCCCACCUCAAUCCCCCAUGCUCCCCACCUCAAUCCCCCAUGCUCCCCACCUCAAUCCCCCAUGCUCCCCACCUCAAUCCCCCAUGCUCCCCACCUCAAUCCCCCAUGCUCCCCACCUCAAUCCCCCAUGCUCCCCACCUCAAUCCCCCAUGCUCCCCACCUCAAUCCCCCAUGCUCCCCACCUCAAUCCCCCAUGCUCCCCACCUCAAUCCCCCAUGCUCCCCACCUCAAUCCCCCAUGCUCCCCACCUCAAUCCCCCAUGCUCCCCACCUCAAUCCCCCAUGCUCCCCACCUCAAUCCCCCAUGCUCCCCACCUCAAUCCCCCAUGCUCCCCACCUCAAUCCCCCAUGCUCCCCACCUCAAUCCCCCAUGCUCCCCACCUCAAUCCCCCAUGCUCCCCACCUCAAUCCCCCAUGCUCCCCACCUCAAUCCCCCAUGCUCCCCACCUCAAUCCCCCAUGCUCCCCACCUCAAUCCCCCAUGCUCCCCACCUCAAUCCCCCAUGCUCCCCACCUCAAUCCCCCAUGCUCCCCACCUCAAUCCCCCAUGCUCCCCACCUCAAUCCCCCAUGCUCCCCACCUCAAUCCCCCAUGCUCCCCACCUCAAUCCCCCAUGCUCCCCACCUCAAUCCCCCAUGCUCCCCACCUCAAUCCCCCAUGCUCCCCACCUCAAUCCCCCAUGCUCCCCACCUCAAUCCCCCAUGCUCCCCACCUCAAUCCCCCAUGCUCCCCACCUCAAUCCCCCAUGCUCCCCACCUCAAUCCCCCAUGCUCCCCACCUCAAUCCCCCAUGCUCCCCACCUCAAUCCCCCAUGCUCCCCACCUCAAUCCCCCAUGCUCCCCACCUCAAUCCCCCAUGCUCCCCACCUCAAUCCCCCAUGCUCCCCACCUCAAUCCCCCAUGCUCCCCACCUCAAUCCCCCAUGCUCCCCACCUCAAUCCCCCAUGCUCCCCACCUCAAUCCCCCAUGCUCCCCACCUCAAUCCCCCAUGCUCCCCACCUCAAUCCCCCAUGCUCCCCACCUCAAUCCCCCAUGCUCCCCACCUCAAUCCCCCAUGCUCCCCACCUCAAUCCCCCAUGCUCCCCACCUCAAUCCCCCAUGCUCCCCACCUCAAUCCCCCAUGCUCCCCACCUCAAUCCCCCAUGCUCCCCACCUCAAUCCCCCAUGCUCCCCACCUCAAUCCCCCAUGCUCCCCACCUCAAUCCCCCAUGCUCCCCACCUCAAUCCCCCAUGCUCCCCACCUCAAUCCCCCAUGCUCCCCACCUCAAUCCCCCAUGCUCCCCACCUCAAUCCCCCAUGCUCCCCACCUCAAUCCCCCAUGCUCCCCACCUCAAUCCCCCAUGCUCCCCACCUCAAUCCCCCAUGCUCCCCACCUCAAUCCCCCAUGCUCCCCACCUCAAUCCCCCAUGCUCCCCACCUCAAUCCCCCAUGCUCCCCACCUCAAUCCCCCAUGCUCCCCACCUCAAUCCCCCAUGCUCCCCACCUCAAUCCCCCAUGCUCCCCACCUCAAUCCCCCAUGCUCCCCACCUCAAUCCCCCAUGCUCCCCACCUCAAUCCCCCAUGCUCCCCACCUCAAUCCCCCAUGCUCCCCACCUCAAUCCCCCAUGCUCCCCACCUCAAUCCCCCAUGCUCCCCACCUCAAUCCCCCAUGCUCCCCACCUCAAUCCCCCAUGCUCCCCACCUCAAUCCCCCAUGCUCCCCACCUCAAUCCCCCAUGCUCCCCACCUCAAUCCCCCAUGCUCCCCACCUCAAUCCCCCAUGCUCCCCACCUCAAUCCCCCAUGCUCCCCACCUCAAUCCCCCAUGCUCCCCACCUCAAUCCCCCAUGCUCCCCACCUCAAUCCCCCAUGCUCCCCACCUCAAUCCCCCAUGCUCCCCACCUCAAUCCCCCAUGCUCCCCACCUCAAUCCCCCAUGCUCCCCACCUCAAUCCCCCAUGCUCCCCACCUCAAUCCCCCAUGCUCCCCACCUCAAUCCCCCAUGCUCCCCACCUCAAUCCCCCAUGCUCCCCACCUCAAUCCCCCAUGCUCCCCACCUCAAUCCCCCAUGCUCCCCACCUCAAUCCCCCAUGCUCCCCACCUCAAUCCCCCAUGCUCCCCACCUCAAUCCCCCAUGCUCCCCACCUCAAUCCCCCAUGCUCCCCACCUCAAUCCCCCAUGCUCCCCACCUCAAUCCCCCAUGCUCCCCACCUCAAUCCCCCAUGCUCCCCACCUCAAUCCCCCAUGCUCCCCACCUCAAUCCCCCAUGCUCCCCACCUCAAUCCCCCAUGCUCCCCACCUCAAUCCCCCAUGCUCCCCACCUCAAUCCCCCAUGCUCCCCACCUCAAUCCCCCAUGCUCCCCACCUCAAUCCCCCAUGCUCCCCACCUCAAUCCCCCAUGCUCCCCACCUCAAUCCCCCAUGCUCCCCACCUCAAUCCCCCAUGCUCCCCACCUCAAUCCCCCAUGCUCCCCACCUCAAUCCCCCAUGCUCCCCACCUCAAUCCCCCAUGCUCCCCACCUCAAUCCCCCAUGCUCCCCACCUCAAUCCCCCAUGCUCCCCACCUCAAUCCCCCAUGCUCCCCACCUCAAUCCCCCAUGCUCCCCACCUCAAUCCCCCAUGCUCCCCACCUCAAUCCCCCAUGCUCCCCACCUCAAUCCCCCAUGCUCCCCACCUCAAUCCCCCAUGCUCCCCACCUCAAUCCCCCAUGCUCCCCACCUCAAUCCCCCAUGCUCCCCACCUCAAUCCCCCAUGCUCCCCACCUCAAUCCCCCAUGCUCCCCACCUCAAUCCCCCAUGCUCCCCACCUCAAUCCCCCAUGCUCCCCACCUCAAUCCCCCAUGCUCCCCACCUCAAUCCCCCAUGCUCCCCACCUCAAUCCCCCAUGCUCCCCACCUCAAUCCCCCAUGCUCCCCACCUCAAUCCCCCAUGCUCCCCACCUCAAUCCCCCAUGCUCCCCACCUCAAUCCCCCAUGCUCCCCACCUCAAUCCCCCAUGCUCCCCACCUCAAUCCCCCAUGCUCCCCACCUCAAUCCCCCAUGCUCCCCACCUCAAUCCCCCAUGCUCCCCACCUCAAUCCCCCAUGCUCCCCACCUCAAUCCCCCAUGCUCCCCACCUCAAUCCCCCAUGCUCCCCACCUCAAUCCCCCAUGCUCCCCACCUCAAUCCCCCAUGCUCCCCACCUCAAUCCCCCAUGCUCCCCACCUCAAUCCCCCAUGCUCCCCACCUCAAUCCCCCAUGCUCCCCACCUCAAUCCCCCAUGCUCCCCACCUCAAUCCCCCAUGCUCCCCACCUCAAUCCCCCAUGCUCCCCACCUCAAUCCCCCAUGCUCCCCACCUCAAUCCCCCAUGCUCCCCACCUCAAUCCCCCAUGCUCCCCACCUCAAUCCCCCAUGCUCCCCACCUCAAUCCCCCAUGCUCCCCACCUCAAUCCCCCAUGCUCCCCACCUCAAUCCCCCAUGCUCCCCACCUCAAUCCCCCAUGCUCCCCACCUCAAUCCCCCAUGCUCCCCACCUCAAUCCCCCAUGCUCCCCACCUCAAUCCCCCAUGCUCCCCACCUCAAUCCCCCAUGCUCCCCACCUCAAUCCCCCAUGCUCCCCACCUCAAUCCCCCAUGCUCCCCACCUCAAUCCCCCAUGCUCCCCACCUCAAUCCCCCAUGCUCCCCACCUCAAUCCCCCAUGCUCCCCACCUCAAUCCCCCAUGCUCCCCACCUCAAUCCCCCAUGCUCCCCACCUCAAUCCCCCAUGCUCCCCACCUCAAUCCCCCAUGCUCCCCACCUCAAUCCCCCAUGCUCCCCACCUCAAUCCCCCAUGCUCCCCACCUCAAUCCCCCAUGCUCCCCACCUCAAUCCCCCAUGCUCCCCACCUCAAUCCCCCAUGCUCCCCACCUCAAUCCCCCAUGCUCCCCACCUCAAUCCCCCAUGCUCCCCACCUCAAUCCCCCAUGCUCCCCACCUCAAUCCCCCAUGCUCCCCACCUCAAUCCCCCAUGCUCCCCACCUCAAUCCCCCAUGCUCCCCACCUCAAUCCCCCAUGCUCCCCACCUCAAUCCCCCAUGCUCCCCACCUCAAUCCCCCAUGCUCCCCACCUCAAUCCCCCAUGCUCCCCACCUCAAUCCCCCAUGCUCCCCACCUCAAUCCCCCAUGCUCCCCACCUCAAUCCCCCAUGCUCCCCACCUCAAUCCCCCAUGCUCCCCACCUCAAUCCCCCAUGCUCCCCACCUCAAUCCCCCAUGCUCCCCACCUCAAUCCCCCAUGCUCCCCACCUCAAUCCCCCAUGCUCCCCACCUCAAUCCCCCAUGCUCCCCACCUCAAUCCCCCAUGCUCCCCACCUCAAUCCCCCAUGCUCCCCACCUCAAUCCCCCAUGCUCCCCACCUCAAUCCCCCAUGCUCCCCACCUCAAUCCCCCAUGCUCCCCACCUCAAUCCCCCAUGCUCCCCACCUCAAUCCCCCAUGCUCCCCACCUCAAUCCCCCAUGCUCCCCACCUCAAUCCCCCAUGCUCCCCACCUCAAUCCCCCAUGCUCCCCACCUCAAUCCCCCAUGCUCCCCACCUCAAUCCCCCAUGCUCCCCACCUCAAUCCCCCAUGCUCCCCACCUCAAUCCCCCAUGCUCCCCACCUCAAUCCCCCAUGCUCCCCACCUCAAUCCCCCAUGCUCCCCACCUCAAUCCCCCAUGCUCCCCACCUCAAUCCCCCAUGCUCCCCACCUCAAUCCCCCAUGCUCCCCACCUCAAUCCCCCAUGCUCCCCACCUCAAUCCCCCAUGCUCCCCACCUCAAUCCCCCAUGCUCCCCACCUCAAUCCCCCAUGCUCCCCACCUCAAUCCCCCAUGCUCCCCACCUCAAUCCCCCAUGCUCCCCACCUCAAUCCCCCAUGCUCCCCACCUCAAUCCCCCAUGCUCCCCACCUCAAUCCCCCAUGCUCCCCACCUCAAUCCCCCAUGCUCCCCACCUCAAUCCCCCAUGCUCCCCACCUCAAUCCCCCAUGCUCCCCACCUCAAUCCCCCAUGCUCCCCACCUCAAUCCCCCAUGCUCCCCACCUCAAUCCCCCAUGCUCCCCACCUCAAUCCCCCAUGCUCCCCACCUCAAUCCCCCAUGCUCCCCACCUCAAUCCCCCAUGCUCCCCACCUCAAUCCCCCAUGCUCCCCACCUCAAUCCCCCAUGCUCCCCACCUCAAUCCCCCAUGCUCCCCACCUCAAUCCCCCAUGCUCCCCACCUCAAUCCCCCAUGCUCCCCACCUCAAUCCCCCAUGCUCCCCACCUCAAUCCCCCAUGCUCCCCACCUCAAUCCCCCAUGCUCCCCACCUCAAUCCCCCAUGCUCCCCACCUCAAUCCCCCAUGCUCCCCACCUCAAUCCCCCAUGCUCCCCACCUCAAUCCCCCAUGCUCCCCACCUCAAUCCCCCAUGCUCCCCACCUCAAUCCCCCAUGCUCCCCACCUCAAUCCCCCAUGCUCCCCACCUCAAUCCCCCAUGCUCCCCACCUCAAUCCCCCAUGCUCCCCACCUCAAUCCCCCAUGCUCCCCACCUCAAUCCCCCAUGCUCCCCACCUCAAUCCCCCAUGCUCCCCACCUCAAUCCCCCAUGCUCCCCACCUCAAUCCCCCAUGCUCCCCACCUCAAUCCCCCAUGCUCCCCACCUCAAUCCCCCAUGCUCCCCACCUCAAUCCCCCAUGCUCCCCACCUCAAUCCCCCAUGCUCCCCACCUCAAUCCCCCAUGCUCCCCACCUCAAUCCCCCAUGCUCCCCACCUCAAUCCCCCAUGCUCCCCACCUCAAUCCCCCAUGCUCCCCACCUCAAUCCCCCAUGCUCCCCACCUCAAUCCCCCAUGCUCCCCACCUCAAUCCCCCAUGCUCCCCACCUCAAUCCCCCAUGCUCCCCACCUCAAUCCCCCAUGCUCCCCACCUCAAUCCCCCAUGCUCCCCACCUCAAUCCCCCAUGCUCCCCACCUCAAUCCCCCAUGCUCCCCACCUCAAUCCCCCAUGCUCCCCACCUCAAUCCCCCAUGCUCCCCACCUCAAUCCCCCAUGCUCCCCACCUCAAUCCCCCAUGCUCCCCACCUCAAUCCCCCAUGCUCCCCACCUCAAUCCCCCAUGCUCCCCACCUCAAUCCCCCAUGCUCCCCACCUCAAUCCCCCAUGCUCCCCACCUCAAUCCCCCAUGCUCCCCACCUCAAUCCCCCAUGCUCCCCACCUCAAUCCCCCAUGCUCCCCACCUCAAUCCCCCAUGCUCCCCACCUCAAUCCCCCAUGCUCCCCACCUCAAUCCCCCAUGCUCCCCACCUCAAUCCCCCAUGCUCCCCACCUCAAUCCCCCAUGCUCCCCACCUCAAUCCCCCAUGCUCCCCACCUCAAUCCCCCAUGCUCCCCACCUCAAUCCCCCAUGCUCCCCACCUCAAUCCCCCAUGCUCCCCACCUCAAUCCCCCAUGCUCCCCACCUCAAUCCCCCAUGCUCCCCACCUCAAUCCCCCAUGCUCCCCACCUCAAUCCCCCAUGCUCCCCACCUCAAUCCCCCAUGCUCCCCACCUCAAUCCCCCAUGCUCCCCACCUCAAUCCCCCAUGCUCCCCACCUCAAUCCCCCAUGCUCCCCACCUCAAUCCCCCAUGCUCCCCACCUCAAUCCCCCAUGCUCCCCACCUCAAUCCCCCAUGCUCCCCACCUCAAUCCCCCAUGCUCCCCACCUCAAUCCCCCAUGCUCCCCACCUCAAUCCCCCAUGCUCCCCACCUCAAUCCCCCAUGCUCCCCACCUCAAUCCCCCAUGCUCCCCACCUCAAUCCCCCAUGCUCCCCACCUCAAUCCCCCAUGCUCCCCACCUCAAUCCCCCAUGCUCCCCACCUCAAUCCCCCAUGCUCCCCACCUCAAUCCCCCAUGCUCCCCACCUCAAUCCCCCAUGCUCCCCACCUCAAUCCCCCAUGCUCCCCACCUCAAUCCCCCAUGCUCCCCACCUCAAUCCCCCAUGCUCCCCACCUCAAUCCCCCAUGCUCCCCACCUCAAUCCCCCAUGCUCCCCACCUCAAUCCCCCAUGCUCCCCACCUCAAUCCCCCAUGCUCCCCACCUCAAUCCCCCAUGCUCCCCACCUCAAUCCCCCAUGCUCCCCACCUCAAUCCCCCAUGCUCCCCACCUCAAUCCCCCAUGCUCCCCACCUCAAUCCCCCAUGCUCCCCACCUCAAUCCCCCAUGCUCCCCACCUCAAUCCCCCGUGCUCCCCACCUCAAUCCCCCGUGCUCCCCACCUCAAUCCCCCGUGCUCCCCACCUCAAUCCCCCGUGCUCCCCACCUCAAUCCCCCGUGCUCCCCAUCUCAAUCCCCCGUGCUCCCCACCUCAAUCCCCCGUGCUCCCCACCUCAAUCCCCCGUGCUCCCCACCUCAAUCCCCCGUGCUCCCCAUCUCAAUCCCCCGUGCUCCCCACCUCAAUCCCCCGUGCUCCCCACCUCAAUCCCCCGUGCUCCCCACCUCAAUCCCCCGUGCUCCCCACCUCAAUCCCCCGUGCUCCCCAUCUCAAUCCCCCGUGCUCCCCACCUCAAUCCCCCGUGCUCCCCACCUCAAUCCCCCGUGCUCCCCACCUCAAUCCCCCAUGCUCCCCACCUCAAUCCCCCAUGCUCCCCACCUCAAUCCCCCAUGCUCCCCAUCUCAAUCCCCCAUGCUCCCCAUCUCAAUCCCCCAUGCUCCCCACCUCAAUCCCCCAUGCUCCCCACCUCAAUCCCCCAUGCUCUCCAUCUCAAUCCCCCAUGCUCCCCACCUCAAUCCCCCAUGCUCUCCAUCUCAAUCCCCCAUGCUCCCCACCUCAAUCCCCCAUGCUCUCCAUCUCAAUCCCCCAUGCUCCCCACCUCAAUCCCCCAUGCUCCCCACCUCAAUCCCCCAUGCUCCCCACCUCAAUCCCCCAUGCUCCCCACCUCAAUCCCCCAUGCUCCCCAUCUCAAUCCCCCAUGCUCCCCAUCUCAAUCCCCCAUGCUCCCCAUCUCAAUCCCCCAUGCUCCCCACCUCAAUCCCCCAUGCUCCCCACCUCAAUCCCCCAUGCUCCACACAUCAGUCCCCCUUGCUCCCCACCUCAAUCCCAGGCCUACACCAGUGUCGACACCUUACUCUCUCCCACAGCCACUUCAACCGCCAUUCUCUCCGAUGUACCCCACCUCUAA